AUGCGCACUAGGGAACGGGUUUUUGGAUAUCUGUCGAUAUUUGGCUCAUUCAUUGGGAGCUGUGGGAUCAUUCUACUAUCGAUCUUCAACACAAAACGCUACACAUCUCUUCAUCAAGUGUUCUUGUUCAUGUUCAUGCUUGGCAUUGCCAUUAGUGUUAUCUUUACUGUUAUUGAGUUCCGAUGGCUCAGCAGAGACUUCCAACAUGUCAGGACAUUGAAAAUAGCAUACCUCGCCAAAGCUAUCAUAGCCACCCUCCUUAUUCUCUUGGCCUUUGCAUUCACAAUUGCAUUUUACCAAAGUCCUCAUGUCGGAGCCAUCCUUGAAUGGAUCGUCGCUUUCGGUUUCACUCUCUAUCUUUUAACGUUCGUCUUUGACUUGAGGCAGUCAAAAGGAGUGCAGCGUAGGCAACUUAGUGCCGAGAAUUUACGGCGCGCAAUAAUGAUAGGUUAA